AUGACCUCCAUCUUUGAAGUCUCGCCCCGCUGCCUGGAGCUCCAGAGGAAGCUCAUCGACUUUGUCAACAACGACUGCUUGCCAGCCGAGGAGAUCUACGAGAGCCAGGUCGGAACCGGCGACAAGCGCUGGACGACCGUGCCUCCAAUCAUGGAGGACCUCAAGGCAAAGGCCAAGUCCUUGGGUCUCUGGAACUUAUUCCUGAACAAGUCUUACCCCGAAGGCCCCGGAUUGACCAACCUUGAAUACGCCACCCUCUGCGAAAUCACCGGCCGCUGCCCCCGUGUCGCUCCCGAGGCCCUCAACUGCUCUGCCCCCGAUACCGGCAACAUGGAGGUCUUUGCCAAGUACGGAACCCCCGAACAAAAGGCCAAAUGGCUCGUCCCGCUCAUGAACGGCAAGAUCCGUUCGGCCUUUGCCAUGACCGAGGUGGCAGUCUCGUCCUCGGAUGCUACCAACAUCGAGACCUCGAUCGAGCGUGUGGGCGAUCACUAUAUUAUUAAUGGACUCAAGUGGUGGAUUUCGGGCGCUGGUGAUCCCCGUUGCAAGGUGUACUUGGUCAUGGGCAAGUCUGACCCUAACAACGAGCACAAGUACAGACAGCAGUCGAUCGUUGUUGUCCCGGCUGAUACCCCUGGAAUUGAGGUUGUUCGUCCCAUGCAGGUCUUUGGGUAUGAUGAUGCCCCCGAGGGACAUUGCGAGGUCAAGUUCACCAACGUCCGUGUUCCCGUCGCCAACAUUAUUCUUGGUGAGGGCCGUGGUUUCGAGGUCAUCCAGGGUCGUUUGGGACCUGGCCGUAUCCACCACUGCAUGCGCGCUAUCGGUAUGGCCGAGCGCUCUUUGGACGUCAUGAUCGCCCGAGUCACCGACCCCUCGCGCCGCACCUUUGGUCGCAUCCUCGCCCGCCACGGAACCGUUGCCGCUGACGUCGCCAAGAUGCGCAUCGAGAUCAACGCCUCCCGUCUGAUGGUCCUCUCGGCCGCCGACAAGAUCGACAAGACCGACGCCAAGGGUGCCCUCCGCGACAUUGCCAUGGCCAAGAUCAUGGUCCCCCAGAUGUUGCAGCGCGUCAUCGAUUUGGCGAUUCAGGCCCAUGGUGCUGCUGGUGUCAGUCAAGAUUUCCCCCUUGCCCGCUUCUAUGCUGGUGCCCGUACCCUUCGUAUUGCUGAUGGUCCUGAUGAGGUCCAUACUAUGCAGUUGGCUCGCUUUGAGUUGAUGCGUGGAGAUGAUAUCCGUGCUCGUGAUAAUGCCAUUAAGGCCCGUCGUGCCCAGAUCCUCAACAACGGAUCCAAGUUGUAA